AUGGUUCUCAGUAAAGGUACGACAUUUGUGGUCGGUGUUGACGGUGGUGGAAAAAACGAUGAUAACUGGGGAUGUUGGGUGUUCUUCGUGGUUGUAAUGGUGGUUUCCGGCAAAGGUGGGGCAGAUGGCGAUGGUGUCAACUGGUGGUGGUUUAUGCUCGGUUGUAAAGGAGGUCAAUGUAGAGACGCUCGACGAUGUUUAAUGGCGAUAAAGAUGGUGUGGCUUGGUGAAUCUUGUGUUCUCGGCAACAAACACACGGUAGAGAUGAUGGUGGUUUAA